AGUUUGUCAGUCGUUCUACGGCGUUUGAACGACGAACGCACGUUUCCUACGUCUCUGGGUAGUGAACGAACAGCGAUAUAAAACACGUUGUUUCAAAAAAAAAAAAAAAAUCGAAUGUAAAUUUUUGAACGAAGACAUUAUGUCAAAUUAUUUGAAUAUUAUUAUAGUUGGAGUUUUUUAUUUAAUAACAUCUGGUUCUCCGAUUCCCGAAAUUGAAGAUAAUGAAGAUGUGCUGCAUUUAAUAGGAGAGCCGGACUUUCGAGAUGUGCGACUCCGUUGGGAAUAUGGCAAAGUUGAUGAGAAAGAUAAGCCGAAACUUCUAGCGUUUCAAGUACACUACUGUGAACUUCAAGCCUGGGGACAUUCACGAUGUCGUACGAAGGUCAUAGAUAACUUGGUGGAGGAGAUGUCCACGAGUAGUACAAUAGAUACAUCAACAACGACAUCGGGUCCGGUUGCGCGCCGCGGUCGUGCAUAUAGCACACGCAUCACCGGUCUGCGCAUGGCCACCACAUACUCAUUCGAAGUGCGUCCUGUGAGGCGAGACGCACGCGACCUCGCCGACCCGCAGUCGAUUGGAUCGAAAAUCAUCAUUGUGCCCACAAGAGGAUUUUCAGCCCGAGCUAUCCAGUGCUUACCCCACGCGAGCGAAGUCGAAGUGUCGACGGGACCUUAUUUUGGCGGUCGCAUAGCCGUCGAGGCAGCGGACGGCGGCCCAGAGCGGUGCUCCAUACGAGGCAAUCCGAACAGCGCACAAGACGCAUACAUUUUACGCAUCCAUCACGACGAGUGUGGGUCCGACGUGAACGAGACAACCGUUGCUACAUACGUUAUCGUUCAAGAGAAUCUACCUAUUCUAACCCAUAGCACACGACGUUUCCUUGUAAUAUGCACGUAUAAGCCGGAGACGUUGACAGUGCGAGCGGGCAUUAAUUUACCUAAGUCCAGCCCCGGAGAUGUCCUGAAUAGUUUCAAUUCUCAUCACACAGGCGAUGUGGAGCCUUUUGAGCAUCAAGAUAUGGACUAUAAUGAACUCAGACCAGCGAGACUUGAAGCCAUAAAGGAAGAAACUAAAUCAGGUGGUUAUAGUGAGAUCACUUUGGUAAUGUUUUUGGUUGUAGCUGCUUUCGGGGGAAUAGCUUUAUUAAUCUGGAAAGUUGUCCCACAAAGCGCCAAAGACAACGCUUCUGCAUCGACAAUAUCGUCUUUAUCUCCUACCAGUAUAUUUAACAGGCGAAACAGAGACAGAUUUUCAGACCACGGUUCUAUUUACUCAAUCACGUUAUCAGAUAAAGAUGCGGUAGUGAAGAAGCCGACUGAAGCUGACAAUACUUCAGAAGCGUGAAAGGAAAUAACUAAUAAUACGAACUAAUAACAUUCUCUAAAUGACAUUAAAUGGUUAAUACUACACUGACUGGGGUGUGACGUAAUUAUCCCGGGUACGACAGGCGGUAUCGUCAGUGAUUUUUGCCUUAUCUAUUUGACUAGUUUUUCAGAUUGCAUGUAAAGUAAGAAGAUUUAAAACAAAUGACGCGAACGGAGUUUUUGUAAUUCAUACACUUUAUUGAUAUUAGCAUUAAUAGCAUUCUAUAAUGGAGUCUCCUGUCUUAAGCAUGAAAGUAGCUAUGAAGCAAAACACAUCAUUUUAUAUUGCUCUGCUUCAUUCUUCCCAACAGCCACGGCACAACAAACACAUUUAAAUAUUAUUUUACAAAAAAUACUUAAUUUACGAAAGGAUGUGUCGUAUUUAAAUUUUUCAACAUAAAUUUCGUUUGCUGAAUGUCUGUAAAUAGCGAAAGACGAGCGAAUCACGGUGAUAGAUAUUUUCAUACAUUUGUAGACAUACGGCCCAUCAAAAGAUUAUUGAUCACCGUCAUGUACAUUGGCAAUGCCCAGUUGCUGCCUAUCAAAAGAUGAAGCAGAAUCAAACAUGAGAGACAAAUCAUAACAUUCAAGAUAAACCAUAGAUAAUUUAUUUUAGAAACGCUUUAUGAACUCUGCUGCCGGUGCGGUAUGGUAAAUCAAUAUGAUGGGAUAAUCUCAAACAAUUUCGCAGAGAAGCAUAGCACAUAUUGCAAAACAAAAAAAUGUCAUUAUCCAGGUAACCGGGGAAUACGUGUCUGUGGACACAAUGGAGUCACUCUUUCUUUGAUAUUUUCUCGCAGUAUACAUGUAGGUGUCGAGAUAAGAGUCAACAAGGGAUGGCUCUCUUAAAUAGUCCCUUUAAUUUUUUGGGUUUUGUGUUUGCUGUUUAACUCUACUGUAUUAGUUAGUAUUUGUGAUGCACUGAAUUAAGUAUUGUUUUUUUACAAAUUUGCCAUAGGUAAAUUGGAUAAGGGGACUAUUUUCAAAUGGAUAAGACUUAUUUUGGGUAGUCAAAUCUUGAAUAGUUUGCUUGAACAUUCUAUUGAGGUUUUUGAAUACUCGAUUGAUUAAUAUAAUUUUAGAUUUAUAGUGUAGGUAAUUAUCUUAUUAUAAGAGUUUAGAAAUUUAAUCGUAUUGUAACAUUCUACAUAGCAAGCACUAAAUGU